GCGAAAGAAAGGGAGGCUAGGGUAGGGGAGGAAGGCAGACAAAAAUAAGAAGGAAGAUAGAAAAAGAGGAGCAAGAGAGGGGUGACAAUUUUAGUCGGGGAGUUAGGAACCAGCAAGAUAAGAGCAGUGCUGGCACAGAGUUGAGCCCAAGCACCUCUGAGCCCAAGCAUGCGGGAGUAGCAGGGAAUACACAGGAAGGGUGGGGUGAGGAAGAGGGUUAUAGGAAAGGAUUUAAAGAAGAAAAGAUUAAGAGGAGAGGGGGAAUUGCUGGAGGCGAGGGGGCACAUUCCUUCCUGCAGGAGGCACAGACUCAUAUCGCAGCAUGAGUGAGACACCGCUGGUCACAGCUCGUGCCAAUGUCAUGGUCUAUGAUGAUUCCAGUAAAAAAUGGGUGGCAGCUGGAACUGGUGCCCAAGGCCCCAGUCGUGUCCAGAUUUUUCACAAUCCUACAACGCAAGCAUACCGUGUGGUGGGGAGGAAGAUGCAAGAUCAGCAGGUUGUUAUAAACUGCCCACUGGUGAGAGGUCUAAAGUACAAUCAAGCCACCCCCAACUUCCAUCAAUGGAGGGACAGCCGUCAGGUGUGGGGUCUGAACUUUGCCAAUAAAGAAGAAGCAGGGCAGUUUGCUGUAGGAAUCACACAGGCCCUGGAUGCACUGGAAACUGGUGCCAGUACGCGGAUUCCUCAAAAUGGCCCAAAAGUUGAAGAGCCUGAGCAACCCAGAAGGGUGCAACAGGAAAUUGAGCAGAGGAUUCAGAGCCCAGUUGCCCCGGUCAUGCCAACUCCUGCUCCUGCUGCUCCCCCUGCACCACCUGGCCCACCUCCUCCCCCAGGUCCACCACCACCACCAGGGGGCCCCCCAGGGGGCCCACCAGCUCCUCCAGCUCCCACUGGAGGUGGUCCCCCACCCCCACCCCCACUUCCAUCUGGGGGUGGAGGAGGCUCAAGUGGAGUUUCUGGGGGGCUGGCGGCAGCCCUUGCAACAGCAAAAUUGCGGAAAGUGGCCAAGAAUGAUGAUGCUGGUGGUGGAGGAUCCUCUCCCGUUGGUGGAGCACCUGCCAAGCCUGACAUAAGUCGCACAAGUGGUGGGGCAGCAACAGGAGGGGGUGGUGGAGGAGGACUGAUGGAAGAGAUGAAUGCAAAACUGGCUCGCAGGAAGAUGAUGACACAGCAAGGGGAGCGCCCACCACCCACCACAACCCAAGAUGAUAAUGAUAUUCAGGCAGGACGUGGCCAGAGUGACAUCAGCCGCCGCCCCUGGGACAGAGGAAGCACCACAUUACCAAGGAUGAAAUCCACAGUUGGGAGCACUGAGGUCGCACCAAGUCCAGAGGACUCUGACUCAAUGGAAAAAAUCAAACAGGAAUUGUUAGAAGAGAUGAGGAGAGAACUACAGAAAGUGAAGGAAGAGAUUAUUGAAGCAUUUAUACAGGAGCUGCGCAGAAGGGGUACCCCUUGAAUCAAGCCUUAUCUUUUGAGAUGACUCAGGCUCCACCAAUAGUGCUCUACUGAGGGACCAGCAUUCCUUCUUAUGCAGGGUCCCAUGUAUGAGGGAAAUAUGCAUUAUCUUGCACACAAAGUAUCUUGUGCUAAACUUACUCCUCUGGGCAUGCCUAAUUGUACUUAAUUGUACAAAAUCCUGCACUAAUCACUGCUGUAGUCAUACAAUACUGUACUAAUCGAGCUAUGUAAACAAAUGCUGUACUAAUGAGAUGCUGCACACAUUCCACAACUAAUUACUGCUAUCUACACAUGAUCCUGUUAAAAUCACUUGCUAGCUAAAUUGCAACCGGUACACAUUGCUGCACUUCACAUAGACAUAUUCAUUUUCUCUCUGCCCAUUCAUUCUUCUUCUUGCACACUAUGCUGUGCAGCUCUAAACGGGUUAGCAGAGGCUGUAUGCUUCAACCAAUAGGAAUUUUUUUUUUUUUUUUUUAUAAAUUUAUGGGAUAAUGAACGGGUUUUUUUUUUAAAAAUAAACAAAAAAACAUUUCAA